AUGAAUGGGAUGGAGCCUGCGUUUGGCGAGGCGUAUGGGAGCCGUGGCUGUCUCCUCAGCCCCUACUCCCUGGCUGUCUCCCCUCUAGGGGGCAGGACCGAAUAUGACCAGAGCGUGCUCCUGAUGCUGGGCUCUCCAGCGACGCCGCGGAAACGGCCCUUCGAGUUGCUAAGCGACCUGGUGGACGACGGGGGCUUCGGCGAGGAGCUGCACGUGGAGCGUUGGGACGUGUCGGCGCUGGAUGACAUCACGCGCUACACCAAGCUGGGCCUCGGGGGGGAGCUGGCGAGCACCGAGGACGCCGUGCUGAUGGGCCGUUGGAGCGGGACCCGGGAGGAAGAGGAGGAGGAGAGGAGGAAGAGGAAGGCACAGGCCAUAGCUCAGCAGCAGACAUCACAUGUAACCACGAUGAUGGUAACGCAUCUCCAUGGAAACGGCAUCACAAUGACCCCCGACCCCUGUCUAGGCCACGCCCAGAGAGGCAGGGUGGUCAGAGAGCAGGUGGGACUUGAUGUUACCAUGGCGAUGGAAAGGGUGACAGAAAAAGGAGGACAGGAUGGGGGGAUGAGGGUUCCUACGGUGGAGGUGUACCAGGUGGCAGAGGAGGAGGAGGUUGCCGCAGCUGUGUUGGCAGCGGCGGAAGUCGUUGCCGCGGUGACGGAGACGUCUGGGAUUCUUCCGGGGGGGGAGGAGGAGGAGAGGGAAGAACAAGAAGAGGUAUUGGAGGAGGAGGAGGAGGAGGAAGAAGAGGAGGAGGAAGGGGAGGACGGAGCAGGGGAUGAGACUGCGGUGGAAGCAGAAUUGUCCAGCUCGUCAGAAACAGAAUUUGAGGUGGAACCAGAGCGGGGGGGUGGUCCAGGGGAACGGCCCCAGAAGAGAAGGUGUUUCUGGGAGUACCGCCACGCUCACGCACGGGACUCUGGGAGACAGAAGAAGACUGGAGGGGAGGUCCGAUGGUCCCUCUCCUGGAGCUCUAGCACCCUACCUAGUACCCUAUACCGCAGAGAGGGAAAGAAAGGAAGGCGCAAAGCGAGGAAGACGGACGCCAGCGACCUGACCCCUAACCCUGUGAAGCUCACAAACAUCGGCGAACAGCUGCAGAAACUCAACGCCACCAUAGAUGGGAUGGGUCCUGUUAACGACCUGCCUGUUGUGGCCAGGGCACGCUCACGCAAAGAGAAGAACAAACUAGCUUCCAGGGCCUGUCGGUUGAAGAAGAAAGCGCAACACGAAGCCAACAAGAUCAAGCUGUGGGGACUCAACCAGGAGUACGAGAACCUUUUGGGGGCGUUGCUGAGGAUCAAGGAGGUGAUUGGUCAGAGGGUGGAGCACAGCGGAGAGGAGGUGGACAAAGAUGAACGAGGGAUGACCCAGAGACUGGAGGACAUACUGAAAGAGUCCAGUGGUCCUCUAGUGGCUGGACGGACCAAAGAGUUUGUCCAGAGGAUCCUGGAGGUGAGUGGAGGGGGGCUGACCAAGGCUGGGGCCAAGGGCAAAGACACACAGACCCCCCCUGCACCGGGAGAGGAGACAGCUGCCUAAUGUACCCCCCAUCACCCCUGAUCCCCCCCUGGACCAGGAGAGGGGACAGCUGCCUAAUGUACCCCCCCCCCCAUCACCCCUGACCCACCCUGGACCAGGAGAGGAGACAGCUGCCUAAUGGACUGGCCAACACCACCAGCUCCCCUGCCCCACCCUGGACCAGGAGAGGAGACAGCUGCCUAAUGGACUGGCCAACACCACCAGCUCCCCUGCCCCACCCUGGACCAGGAGAGGAGACAGCUGCCUAAUGGACUGGCCAACACCACCAGCUCCCCUGCGACACCCCUCGGACACAGCCAUCCACUCCUACCGUCCCCCACUACACUCUGUCACCUGGAGAAUAGGUGGAUGGAGAAAGGGAUGGAGAAAGAGAGGGAGGAGCAGAUGGAGGAGGUGGGGGAGACUGAGGUUUGAGUUCAAACCUCCUCUGUUUCAGCUCUGUUUCCUUCUGUCUCUUCAGUAGCGCUCUGUAACUUCUUACCUUCAGCUAAUCACCAACACAGGCUAGCUGCUGACCAUGUGUGUGUGAGUCAGCUGAUCUGUGGCUGUGUGUGUGUGUGUGUGUGUGCGUGUGUGUGUGUGUAGUAUGAAUGUGUGUGGUUGGUUUAAUCUCUCCCUUCUUCAGUAAACUGUAUUGGUAUCCCAUUGUGCCUAUAUGAAUAGACAUUGCACUGUUUGUAGAUGAUAGAGAAGUUGGCAAGGGGUUGGCAUGAGGGUAGGGUAAGGAGAGAAGUUGGAGGGGAGGGGGGGGGGGGGUCAUGUUCAGUAGGCCACAACGUUCCUUGCAAGGUUCAGAAAGAAAUAGACUGUAUGGAACAGACGUGCAUCUCUGACAUCUAGAGUAAGGAGUAAUGUCUUCUCUAUUCACAACAUUGCUAUCUGCAACGUUUAGCAGGCUUGGUUACACCCUCCUGGAAUCAACCCUGCUAGUAAACAUCAGUGGGAUGAGCCUUUUUUGACCAGCGAGCGACAUAAUUGGUGCUUGCCACAGAGGGCAUAAAUGAGCACUUUGAUUUGUAGCUGUAUCCUGUCUAUUCCCCUUUGAGAAAUACCUGGGUCCUGUUCAUCAGGCACUAAAUGUAACAAAAAUGACUGAAACAGGGAAUAUUACCUGGACUUCUCCAAUAAGAAACGCAAAUGUUUGUUUUCUCCAUUGCAAAACAUCUUAAAACGUUUUGUUAGGUGCCCUAAUGAACAUGACCCUGAAAAUGCAAGUUCCUUCUCUCAGAACGACCAGAGAACAGAGGAUGAACUGUGAUCACACCAAACAUCAAAGCAACUGUAGCAGCUAAGACUUGCGGAGCUUUCGUCACAGAGUUAGAAGAAAGAAAAAUGUACUUUAAAAAAAGUAGCUAUUAAAUCCAACCGACCAAAGAUGACACGAACAGCUGACAUUUCAAAGAACUGAAAUGAAAGCUGAAGUGAUCGGCUGUUACCCAACCCUCUCCCUCCUACUACUGCUGUUACCCAACCCUCUCCCUCCUACUACUGCUGUUAUCCAACCCUCUCCCUCCUACUACUGCUGUUAUCCAACCCUCUCCCUCCUACUACUGCUGUUAU